AUGCACCUCAGUAUCCUACUGAGUGCCCUUCUCAGCAUCCAUGUCUCUUUGGGUAAGUUGGGCUUUUUUGCCAUUUUACUAUUAUAGCUUUUGCGUCAAGUUCAAGAUGGUGGUUCAACCUGUGAUUACUGUACAGUAGUAUUAUGUUGGAAGAAUUUGAUUCCCAUCUCUCUCUCUCCCUCUAGCUUUCUCUUUGUCCAGUAUCGUUGUGGUUGUUUUUCAAUUCACGUAAAGUCCCGCAUGGAUUUGUAAAAAUGCAAAACAUUUCUGUUGAUCAUUUCUGACCAUGUACUUUUGCCCCUCCCAUCAAUGUGUAAUUCUUCCUCCCUCUAUUUGUCCCUCUCUUUUUCAGGAUGGAAUGAAGACUUCCAGAUAGUGUGUUCUGGACGAGAGUUCCGCCUGCCGGUCUACUCAGGGUCAAGGAUCGUGACCUUUACCCCCAGCUACCCUCCAGGACCUAGAAGAGUGCUACUGGAGAACAACAAUGUAGGUACAGUAGCGUGUGUACAGCAUGUGUACAGUGUGUUCCUGUAUGCUAAGCAUUGCUAUUGUGUCUUGUAGUUGAAGGACCCGCGGUUUGAGUGGACCAAAGAUAGGACAUUGCUGUUGAAGGACGUCACACACAGUGACCAGGGGCUCUACUCUAUCAAGCUGUCAUCUGGAUUCACUGAUGAGACCGUUCGCCUCACUGUCUCAGGUACAACUCAGCCGCAGGGACUACCUCUCUCGAUCUUUCUCUCUAUUAUUUUCUACUUUAUGUCUCUUUCUCUAUAAUAUUGUAUAAUGAUUAAUUAUAUCUGUUGAAAUUGAUUGUAUGACAUUUGAAACAUUUUAUGACUCUCAAUAUAAUCUCUCUUUCGCCCUUUCUCAGAAUGUAUAAAAACCUUCCGACGGGGCUAUGGGGAGACCUUUCAGCACAACAUCCCUAAAGAUGGCUCCCUGCUGGAGUUCUCUCCCCGGCGCUCCCCCCCUGAUUCCCAGCCGGUGGUACUGUGGAACCGGACGGACCUUGAGACCAGUGAGGCGGGCCGGGGGAGGCUGGGGUCGGACGGGAGGGUCUGGGUGGCAGAAAGGGUGACCCAGGCAGACCAGGGAAACUACACCAUCAGAGACGAGAAUGGGAAAGUAAUCUCCCGCAGCAAACUCACUGUCAAUGGUGAGCGCUGAAAAUAUCUAGAUUGAGGGUUAAGAGAGCGAUGGAGAGAGGGAGAUGGGAGGCUAGGAGAGGAGAGAAAGCAGUAUUAGUUCUUGGAGCAGUCUGAUAAAUUGUCCAAACUGACACUUAAUGCUUGUAUCUAUCUGAUUCUUUCUUUCAUCCUGAUGUCCCUCACCAUCAUCAUUCCUCUCCACUCUUUCCCAUAUUCUCUUUCUCACUCCUCAUUAUCCCCUGUGUGUGUGCAGGGCACACCUUCAAUGUCACCCGCUUCUUCAAGGAGUCUCUAAACCUUCCCCUGUUUCUCCCUGUCCCUCAUGUCCACCUCAUUUUUACCCCCUCCCUGCACCCGUCCAACCCCUCCAAUGUUCCCCUUGACUCCCGGUACUCCCGCCCCGUGCAGCUGAUCAGGGACGGGCAGAUCGUGGACCAGGACCCCCGGUAUCGGGGCCUCAUCUCUCUGUGGAGAAACAGGACUGUCAACGAGGUGGUCAUCACCAGGCUGAGUGCAAAGCAUGAUGGGAUGUAUGAGAUUCGAGAUCAGGACGGAAACCUGGUGUUGUCUACCGUUCUCCAUGUGGUCGGUGAGGGACAGUGAUUGUGUGUGUGUCUGUGUGAGCAACAGCUUAUCCCUUUACACGAUGCAGAGGUCAUAUCUUUCUAGAUCUCCCCUCUCACUUGCUCUUUCUCUCUGAUUCAGAGGGGUUGGGUUAAAUGCGGAAGACCCAUUUAGAUUGAAUGCAUUCAGAUGUGCAACUGAAUAGGUAUCCCCUUUCCCUUCAUUUAUUUUCUUUCACACUCUGUAUCUAUGGCUCUACUGAUUCUUUGUUUCUCUCUCCAGAUAAGACUGCUAGAUGGAGAGCGGUCCUCAAGUCUAUCAGCGUCCCUUCUGGCAUGUUUGUGACUUUGGCUGGUUUCAUCCUAUUUAUGAAGCGCUACCCUAACUGCAGCCUCACUAUGAUCAUCAACGGCCUAAGAGGUCACCACACACCCGCAGCUAACCCGCCAAGAGUCAAUGUCCAGGUGACGGCUGUAGAGUGAGAGAUGUGUGAGCUUGGAAGGUAGAAGCAAUAUGGCAGGGUUAUUCCAGGGUUUGUGUGUGUGCAAUGCUUUGAGCCUGUUGUCAUGGUACUAUGUUAUCCAUCCAUUUCAACUGUAUGUUAUCGCAUUCUGAAGUGACUGUCAGAGUAAGAAUAGAACCAGUCCUUUGCGCCAGUCUGAAUUUCCUCAGGCAUCAGUUCCUUCCACAUUUAAAUUGGGUCAAGGGUCACAUACAGCUUCUCUGUGGAUGGUUUAUGUUUGUCUUCCUGUGUGUUCCCCUGUGUCUCUAUGCUGACUGAGUAUACAAAACAUUUAAGAACACCUGCUCUUUCCAUGACAUACACUACCGGUCAAAAGUUUUAGGACACCUACUCAUUCAAGGGUUUUUCUUCAUUUUUACUAUUUUCUACAUUGUAGAAUAAUAGUGAAGACAUCAAAACUAUGAAAUAACACACAUGGAAUCAUGUAGUAACCAAAAAAGUGUUAAACAAAUCAAAAUAUAUUUUAUAUUUGAGAUUCUUCAAAUAGCCACCCUUUGCCUUGAUGACAGCUUUGCACACUCUUGGCAUUCUCUCAACCAGCUUCACCUGGAAUGCUUUUCCAACAGUCCUGAAGGAGUUCCCACAUAUGCUGAGCACUUGUUGGCUGCUUUUCCUUCACUCUGCGGUCCCACUCAUCCCAAACCAUCUCAAUUUGGUUGAAGUCGGGGGAUUGUGGAGGCCAGGUCAUCUGAUGCAGCACUCCAUCACACUCCUUUGUAAAAUAGCCCUUACACAGCCUGGAGGUGUGUUGGGUCAUUGUCCUGUUGAAAAACAAAUGGUAGUCCCACUAAGCCCAAACUAGAUGGGAUGGCGUAUCGCUGCAGAAUGCUGUGGUAGCCAUGCUGGUUAAGUGUGCCUUGAAUUCUAAAUAAAUCAGACAGUGUCACCAGCAAAGCACCCCCACACCAUAACACCACCUCCUCCAUGCGUUACGGUGGGAAAUACACAUGCGGAGAUCAUCCGUUCACCCACACCGCGUCUCACAAAGACAUGGCAGUUGGAACCAAAAAUCUCCAAUUUGGACUACAGACCAAAGGACAAAUUUCCACCGGUCUAAUCUCCAUUGCUCGUGUUUCCUAUUUUGUUGCAUUACAACCUGUAAUUUAAAUGGAUUUUUGUUUGGAUUUCAUGUAAUGGACAUACACAAAAUAGUCCAAAUUGGUGAAGUGAAAUGAAAAAAAAUACAGUCGGGGGGGGAAAAGUAUUUAGUCAGCCACCAAUUGUGCAAGUUCUCCCACUUAAAAAGAUGAGAGGCCUGUAAUUUUCAUCAUAGGUACACGUCAACUAUGACAGACAAAAUGAGAAAAAAAUUUCCAGAGAAUCACAUUGUAGGAUUUUUUAUGAAUUUAUUUGCAAAUUAUGGUGGAAAAUAAGUAUUUGGUCAAUAACAAAAGUUUCUCAAUACUUUGUUAUAUACCCUUUGUUGGCAAUGAUACAGGUCAAAUGUUUUCUGUAAGUCUUCACGAGGUUUUCACACACUGUUGCUGGUAUUUUGGCCCAUUCCUCCAUGCAGAUCUCCUCUAGAGCAGUGAUGUUUUGGGGCUGUCGCUGGGCAACACGGACUUUCAACUCCCUCCAAAGAUUUUCUAUGGGGUUGAGAUCUGGAGACUGGCUAGGCCACUCCAGGACCUUGAAAUGCUUCUUAUGAAGCCACUCCUUCGUUGCCCGGGCGAUGUGUUUGGGAUCAUUGUCAUGCUGAAAGACCCAGCCACGUUUCAUCUUCAAUGCCCUUGCUGAUGGAAGGAGGUUUUCACUCAAAAUCUCACGAUACAUGGCCCCAUUCAUUCUUUCCUUUACACAGAUCAGUCGUCCUGGUCCCUUUGCAGAAAAACAGCCCCAAAGCAUGAUGUUUCCACCCCCAUGCUUCACAGUAGGUAUGGUGUUCUUUGGAUGCAACUCAGCAUUCUUUGUCCUCCAAACACGACGAGUUGAGUUUUUACCAAAAAGUUCUAUUUUGGUUUCAUCUGACCAUAUGACAUUCUCCCAAUCAUCUUCUGGAUCAUCCAAAUGCACUCUAGCAAACUUCAGACGGGCCUGGACAUGUACUGGCUUAAGCAGGGGGACACGUCUGGCACUGCAGGAUUUGAGUCCCUGGCGGCGUAGUGUGUUACUGAUGGUAGGCUUUGUUACUUUGGUCCCAGCUCUCUGCAGGUCAUUCACUAGGUCACCCCGUGUGGUUCUGGGAUUUUUGCUCACCGUUCUUGUGAUCAUUUUGACCCCACGGGGUGAGAUCUUGCGUGGAGCCCCAGAUCGAGGGAGAUUAUCAGUGGUCUUGUAUGUCUUCCAUUUCCUAAUAAUUGCUCCCACAGUUGAUUUCUUCAAACCAAGCUGCUUACCUAUUGCAGAUUCAGUCUUCCCAGCCUGGUGAAGGUCUACAAUUUUAUUUCUGGUGUCCUUUGACAGCUCUUUGGUCUUGGCCAUAGUGGAGUUUGGAGUGUGACUGUUUGAGGUUGUGGACAGGUGUCUUUUAUACUGAUAACAAGUUCAAACAGGCCAUUAAUACAGGUAACGAGUGGAGGACAGAGGAGCCUCUUAAAGAAGAAGUUACAGGUCUGUGAGAGCCAGAAAUCUUGCUUGUUUGUAGGUGACCAAAUACUUAUUUUCCACCAUAAUUUUCAAAUAAAUUCAUUAAAAAUCCUACAAUGUGAUUUUCUGGAUUUAUUUUUCUCAAUUUGUCUGUCAUAGUUGACGUGUACCUAUGAUGAAAAUUACAGGCCUCUCUCCUCUUUUUAAGUGGGAGAACUUGCACAAUUGGUGGCUGACUAAAUACUUUUUUUCCCCACUGUAACUUGUUUCAAAAAAGUAUAGAAAAUAAAUAACGCAAAAGUGGUGCUUGCAUAUGUAUUCACCCCCUUUGCUAUGAAGCCCCUAAAUAAGAUCUGGUGCAACCAAUUACCUUCAGAAGUCACAUAAUUAGUUAAAGUCCACCUGUGUGCAAUCUGUGUCACAUGGUCUGUCACAUGAUCUCAGUAUAUAUACACCUGUUCUGAAAGGCCCCAGAGUCUGCAUCACCACUAAGCAAGCGGCACCAUGAAGACCAAGGAGCUCUCCAAACAGGUCAGGGACAAAGUUGUGGAGAAGUACAGAUCAGGGUUGGGUUAUAAAAAAAUAUCAAACUUUGAACAUCCCACGGAGCACCAUUAAAUCCAUUAUUAAAAGGAGGGCAUUCAUCAGAGAGGCAACAAAGAGACCAAAGAUAACCCUGAAGGAGUUGCAAAGCUCCACAGCGGAGAUUGGAGUAUCUGUCAAUAGGACCACUUUAAGCCGUACACUCCACAGAGCUGGGCUUUACGGAAGAGUGGCCAGAAAAAAGCCAUUGCUUAAAGAAAAAAAUAAGCAAACAUGUUUGGUGUUCGCCAAAAGGCAUGUGGGAAAAUCCCCAAACAUAUGGAAGAAGGUAUUCUGGUCCUUUUUGGCCAUCAAGGAAAACGCUAUAUCGGGCACAGCUGUUAAUUGAAAUGCAUUCCAGGUGACUACCUCAUGAAGCUGGUUGAGAGAGUGCCAAGAGUGUGCAAAGCUGUCAUCAAAGCAAAGGGUGGCUAUUUGAAGAAUCUCAAAUAUAAAAUAUAUUUUGAUUUGUUUAACACUUUUUUUGGUUACAACAUCAUUCCAUAUGUGUUAUUUCAUAGUUUUGAUGUAAUCACUAAUUUUCUACAAUGUAGAAAAUAGCAAAAAUAAAGAAAAACGUUUGACCGGUAGUGUAGAUUGACCAGGUGAAUCCAUGUGAAAGCUAUGAUCCCUUAUUGAUGUCACCUGUUAAAUCCACUUCAAUAAGUGUAGAUGAAGGGGAGGAGACAGGUUAAAGAAGGAUUUGUAAGCAUUGAGACAUGCAUUGUGUUUGUGUGCCAAUCAGAGGGUGAAUGGGCAAGACAAAAUAAUAUAGUGCCUUUGAAUGGGUUAUGGUAGUAGGUGCCAGGCGCACCGGUUUGUGUCAAGAACUGCAAUGCUGGGUUUUUCAAGCUCAACCGUUUGGAUCAGCAUCCCUGUGGAAUGCUUUUGACACCUUGUAGAGUCAAUGCCCUGUUGAAUGAGGCUGUUCUGAGGGAAAAGGGGGGGGUGCAACUCAAUAUUAGGAAGGUCUUCCUAAUGUUUGGUAUACUCAGUGUAGUGGUUGUGAUAUUUACAUAGUUGUUUUGUUUGUCGCCUGCAGGACUACAGUCCGCCCAGCCCCCAGCCCUGUGGUUUUUACGGUCAUUCACGGCAGAUUGCAACGCCAAAAAUAUGGAGCCCCAGACCUACACAUUCGGUAGGUAGAUGGUAAAGUUGUAAAUGUAGGCUCUUUCUUAUGUUUUUCUUUUUACCAUUCUUAAUUUCUAUAUUACGUGUGUCUGUUUCAGGGUUACACUCCUGUUGUGGACAGUGCACCACUUGUAGUGAACAGUGCACCACAGCCCUCCCCUGAGCCAGUGAGGACUGGGAGUAAACAGGAGACAGACAGACUUAGAGUUGAGACUGCCACUACUCACACUCCGAGUAGAGAGGUAAAUACACACACUGUUAUUUCUAUAUUCUGUCUCACAAUAGACAGUUAUAUUCUAUUCUUUAUCUUUGACUCUCUCUUCUCAGGAGACUGCUGGCAGCGAGAGGGAGAUCUCCUUUUCUGUCGCUGGCGCCUCCGACUGCCUCCACUCAUCUGAAGACUGCUUUCAGUUCCAGAUCAAGAAAGAGGGAGUCGAGAGAUGGAGCAAUGCAGAAGACUACUUCUCCACACUUCCACUGGACACGGAUACCUCGGAAACUUGCAGCGUCUACAUUUCUGACAAACUCAACUUCCUAUAGAGCACAGAGAAGAGGAGUGAAUGGAGGUAAAGAGAGGGAGGAGAUAAAAUAGUGGAGGGAGAUAUAUACAGUGGGGGGAAAAAAGUAUU